AUGUCUUUCCCGACCUCCACCGCGAACAGCGCCAAGUACCACGCCGUCCCCGUCAUAGACCAUGCCCUCGUCGCACCAGACGAUGAUGACAGGGCUCGGAGCGAUAUCGAAGCCCCACCGGUGUACAAACACCCCGGGAACGUCGAGGAGCAAGAUCUAUUUCUCAACCGUGCGGGAAAUCGACGACGUUCUGGGUCUCAUCCCAGCGUCAGUCAGUUCGUUUUCCGCCUCACUGCCGUCGCCGCAGGGAUCUUCGUAAUGGUGACGGCUAUGAGAAUGGUUCUCGAGAGGUUUCCCAGCAUCGAGUGUGGGAGGGCGUGGCGGGGAGAAGGCUCGACUUGGAGCUCCAAGUUGCCCACUCAUUUCACACUACCUUCGGGGGAUAAAAUUCCCUCUGUCGCAUUGGGUGUUUGGAGAGCUGAGAAGGGGAAAGUGGGAGAUGCUGUCAAGGCCGCGCUUAAAACGGGCUACAGGCACAUCGACGGAGCUUGGAUUUACGGGAACGAAGUGGAAGUGGGCCAGGCAAUCCGGGAAAGUGGGGUUCCUCGCAAGGAUAUCUGGCUUACCUCCAAGCUUUGGAACACUUUCCACCGACCCGAGGACAUCGAACCUGCCUUGGACGAGUCUCUCUCCCGUCUAGGAAUCGACUAUCUCGACCUUUACCUUAUCCAUUGGCCCGUCGCCUUCGAGAAAGAUUCUGAAGAAAUCAAAAUCGAUUGGGAACUCACCAAUGACCCCUAUCCCACUUGGAAGAAGUUGGAGGAGCUGGUAGAAAAGGGAAAGAUAAGGAACAUCGGGAUCAGCAAUUUCAAUAUCAAGCGAAUCCAAAACCUGACUGCCAACUCCCUCAAGAUUCAGCCUGCCGUGAAUCAGGUCGAGCUUAGCUACUGGAACCCUCAGCCAGCGUUGCUCAAGUGGGCCAAGGAAAACGGUCUUCUCCUCGAGGCUUAUUCCCCACUCGGGAGCGCAGAGAAGGUCAAACAAAGUCUGGAAAUCCCCGAGGUCAAAGAGAUCGCGAAGAAACUAGGAAUCACUCCCGCUCAGGUCUACAUAUCUUGGCAUGUCCAGCGAGGGACCGUGGUCCUUCCCAAGAGCGUCCACCCUCAUCGUGUCGAAGAGAACUUCCAUAUUACUCGUCUUCCACAGGCAGAAUUCGACCUCCUAGAAGCAGCCUCGCGAGCUCACAAGCCCGAACGAUCAGUGGAUCCCAGCGAGAGGUGGGGCGUAGAUAUCUUUGGAUAAACCAUCUAUCGUAUCUGUCUUCCUAGUAGAGAUGUUGUUAAGCUGGCGUUAAACAAACUGUGUACACGACCAAAGCAAGCAA